AACCUAUCUUUACGAUCGUGAAAACAACGGUCGUUGGUCAAUAAUAAUAAACGGGUCACGGGCGCAAUAUAAUUAUUGGUGUAUCCGUAGAAAAAUUGUAAUUAUUAAUAUAUAUUUUUACGGACGAUUUGCCAAAAACAAAUAUAUAAAUAAAUAAUUUAAUAAUAAUAACAACAGCGUCGUAUUCUUAUCGUUUCCACGAUCGUGCGCGUGUACCACUUCCCCGCCCUACCGACCUCGACAAAACCGUCGACUGUUCGUAGUUCGUACGAUAAUAAUAUUAUAUAUUAUCGUCGUCGUCGUCAUUGUCGAAUCACUCUCGGCGACUUUCGUCCGCGUCGUCCGGCAGAUGUAUUGGUACCUGACUACGUUUUUUUAGUACCUACGCGCCGCUCAGAAGGACGUUUGUCGUCGAUGUCCGAACGCGGAAGCCGUAUAUUAUCGCGUCCCGUAGACAGCAGACAAAGCUCGUUGUUCGUCGACCGUUCGCCCGUUAGGUACCUCAUAAGUAAUAUCAUAAUUUGUGUAUUGGGUAUUAUGACUUGCGGGCCGCCGCUCGGCGACCAUCGUCACCGACGGAUAUACGGCUGGUCGUCUGUAUUCGUCACCGCACUGGGCACACUAAAUAUAUCACACGUCGCAUGAAUAUCGCUUUUUGUUGUUGUCAUUGCUAUAUUAUUAUUAUAUAAUUGCGACCCUCGUAUUUGGACGUAAACAUUCUCAACUCGCUACAUGCAUGGAUUGGAAGCAAAUAAUUCAAAAACAUAGUCGUAAGAUCUUGAAUAGAAUAAGUAUGGACUUGAUGUUAGAAGCAUAUUUGACUCACGAAUCAAGCCUCAUGGAUUUAGAAGAUAUACCACAGACAGUUGACCCUGUAUGGAUACUGGGAAAAAAAUAUAGUACAGUUAUUGAUAUACAACAAAUUCGGAAUGAUAUCCAGUCUAGAUUAUGGUUUACUUAUCGGAAAGGUUUUCUUCAAAUUGGUAAUACAAAUUUUACCUCUGAUAGAGGUUGGGGAUGUAUGUUACGCUGUGGACAGAUGGUUAUUGGUCAAGCUUUAAUUUUUUUACACCUUGGAAGAGAUUGGCGUUGGGACCCAGAUAAGAGGGAUAUAGAUUACUUAAAAAUUUUAAGAAUGUUUGAAGACAAGCGAUCUGCACCCUAUUCAAUUCACCAAAUAGCUCUUAUGGGUGUAUCUCAUGGUAAGCAAGUUGGUGAAUGGUUUGGUCCAAAUACAAUCGCUCAAGUGUUAAAAAAAUUAGCCACUAUGGAUGAAUUAAGUUCUCUUGUUUUUCAUGUAGCAUUAGACAACACACUAGUCAUUAAUGAAGUCAAAAAAUUAUGUACUGUGAUGGAACAAACUAACUCUAGUAAACAAAUUUGGAAACCUUUGGUACUAGUAAUACCUCUACGUUUAGGUAUAAGUUCAAUAAACCCUGCUUAUGUUCAAGGUGUUAAGAUGUGUUUCACUUUCCCUCAGUCAUUGGGUGUGAUUGGUGGAAGACCAAACCACGCUUUAUAUUUUAUAGGUUUCGUAGGUAAUGAUGUAAUAUUUUUGGAUCCACAUACGACACAGCAAAUAGGAAUGCUGCCGAACAAAGAUAUAGAAACCGAACAUAAAAUUGAUCAUUCGUAUCACUGCCAACAAAUUAACCGAUUACCAAUCCUUAACAUGGACCCAUCACUUGCUGCCUGUUUCAUGUGCAAGACUGAAAACGAUUUUAAUGCACUAUGUAAUGAGCUGAAAGUACAUCUAGUGCAAUCUGAUCAAUCACCAUCACAAUCACUUAUUACUAUAUGUGAUGACCGGCCAUCCGAUUGGACGUUGGAUACCUCUGGAAAUCUAUCCACAUCAUCUGAAAAUGUUGUCGUGUCAUUAUCAGAUUUGGAACUAAACGAUAAAAAAUUGUUAACUGAUUCAGAUGAUGACUUUGAACUAUUGUGAUAUUUAUAUGAACCAAUAGGAUUCUUAAUAAUUCUAAAUAUCUGUAUUUACAUAUGGAAGAUAUACACACAAACAUCGAAAAAUGAUAUUAUGUACUUUUAAAGAGAUUAUGAUCAGUACGAUUCCUGGUUGGGGCCUCAAUGAAUAAUUUGGUUGCCCUUCCAAUUAAAUGUUCUUUUAUUAUUUUUAUUAUUAUUAUUAUUAAUUUAUUAUUAGAAUCAGUUAUGUUUUAUUUUAUUAAAUAUUUUGUUGUAUAACACUUGAAAUAAUAUAAAUUACUAAGUAAUUAUUAAACUUGUUGGAAGACCGGUGAUGUGCAAAUCUUUAUUUUAAGAUUUUUUAAAUGAUCAUUGAUUUUGUUAUUAAAUUUUCAUAUAAUUUAUAUAGGAAACUGUUACAGUUUAAAAGCCCUUAAUGUUAAACUAGUCUGUUAUGUUUAAUUUCUCGUAUAUAUGUAUACUAAACUACACAAAAGAAAAGAAAACAAGAUUAGGUUAAAUUUAUUAUUAUUUUUUCCCAAAUAACCUUACUUUAUUAUUUGUAUGUUAUAUGUUCGGUUAGUAUACAAUCAAUCAUUGUUUAAUUUGGCUCCUGUAUAGCAAUAAAAUAUUUGCAAUAAAAUGUGUUAAUAACAAUUGUUAAAUUGUGUAAUACAAAUAAAUAAUUUAAUUUGUAAAUGUAUAUGAAAAGAAACCAAAUUAAAAUAAAUAUAUUUUAUUUAUUCUCUGUA